GCCUCGUCCACACCCGCUGCGGGAAGGGAGGAGCCAGCCAGCCAGCCACCACCCCACAGCGGCCACACAUCCUCGGCGGCUCGAUGGCUCCUUCCUCCUCCCGCCCCCUGCGCCACAACCUGUACCUCCUCGUCGUCUCCAUCUCCGUCCUCCUUGCCUCGGUCCCAGCCUUGGCCGCCGAUGGGCUGCCGGAGCUCGGAGGAGACGGCCUGCACAGGGAGAUUCUCAGGGACGAGACCGUGAUGAGGCUCAAGGAGCUGGGCAAGAUAUCUGAUGGGGAAGGCUACCUCGAAAGGACGUUCCUGAGUCCGGCUUCUAUCAGAGCCACUGCUGUCAUCGUCAGUUGGAUGAAAGAUGCCGGGCUUACGACGUGGGUUGAUCAAAUGGGGAACAUUCAUGGUCGGUUUGAGCCGGCUAAUUCUACCAAAGAGGCCUUAUUGAUUGGAUCUCAUAUGGACACUGUCAUUGAUGCUGGAAUGUAUGAUGGGUCAUUGGGUAUUAUUUGUGCAAUCUCUGCUUUGAAGGUUUUGAAAGUUACUGGGAAACUGCACAGGCUAAUUAGACCAGUGGAGGUCAUUGCAUUCAGUGACGAGGAGGGUGUUAGAUUCCAGACAACUUUUCUGGGAAGCGCUGCUGUAGCUGGUACACUACCUGAAUCAAUUUUACAAGUAUCAGACAAGAGCGGCACUACAGUACAAGAUGUUCUGAAAAUGAAUUCUUUUGAGGCUACUGCUGCUGCUAUCAGUCAAGCCAGGUACAACCCGGAGUCAGUGGAGAGUUAUGUUGAGGUACACAUAGAGCAAGGCCCUGUCCUGGAAGCGCUCCGUUAUCCUCUUGGUGUUGUAAAAGGAAUUGCAGGACAGACGCGAUUAAAGGUCAUAGUAGAUGGUUCACAAGGGCAUGCUGGCACGGUUCCAAUGAAAUUGCGGCGUGAUCCGAUGGUUGCAGCUGCAGAGUUGGUUGUGACUCUGGAGCGCCUCUGCAAAGAGCCCAACAAGUUCCUGACCUACGAUGAGGAGUGCGGGUGCUUCACGGAGGAGUCCCUCGCCGGGCUGGUGUGCACCGUCGGCGAGCUACUGACGUGGCCCAGCGCCAGCAACGUGAUACCGGGGCAGGUGAACUUUACGGUGGACAUCCGCGCCAUGGACGACAAAGUCAGGGAGACGAUCGUGACCAGCUUCUCGAGGCUGGUUCUCCAGAGAUGCGACGACAGGCUGGUCGAUUGCAGAGUCGAGCAUAAGCACUCGGCGCCGGCGACGCCCAGUGACCCGGAGCUGACCGCCCAGCUGAAGCGCGCGGCGCGGUCCACCGUGUUGGCGAUGCCGGGCCACGCGGCCGCCGCAGAGACGCCGGUGCUGAUGAGCGGCGCGGGGCACGACGCGAUGGCCAUGGCCAGGCUCACAAAGAUCGGGAUGCUGUUCGUGCGGUGCCGCGGCGGCGUGAGCCACUCGCCGGAGGAGUCGGUGACGGACGACGACGUGUGGGCCGCGGGGCUCGCGCUGGCCAACUUCGUCGAGCAGGCCGCGGUGUCGUCGGAGCCGCAGCCGCUGGAGGCCGCCGAGCGGAGCGCGGUGGCCGCGUCGUAGAUGGCCGGCGAUGGUGACGAUUCUUUCGGUGGGGGUAGGCGUGUAGCCUGCAACUGUACAUAGACUGUUUGUUGUUGCUGUUGCUGUUACAUUGCAAUUGGGCAGGAAUAAAAACACACUUCUCUUCGUUGAGACGUGCACGGGUUUCGUUUCA